AUGCUCAAUUGGGCAAGCAAGGCUGAGCUACAUGCUAGGGUUCCUCUGGGCAAGCUGCUGGAUCGGGCCGCCACUUUCUCCUCAGGCUCCAAGUUGUUCGUCCGAGGUCUGUCCUACAACUCGAAUGAAGUUGCUCUCAAGGACGCCUUCUCUCAGCAUGGCAAUGUUAUCCAAGUGAAAGCAAUAUGCCAUCCUGUCACGGGGAGAUCCAAAGGAUACGUCUUGGUCAAGUUCUCUUCAGAAACUGAAGCAGCCGCGGCGUUGGAGAGGAUGAGUGACGAGGUGCUUGAUGGAAAGAAAAUACGGGUGGAUUAUGCAAACAGCGAACAAUCUGCUGCUGCUGCUGCUGCAGAUGAGACUAGUUCACACACCCAAGGAAAGGACAAGCCGCCAGACAGUCAUUUAUCAAGCUGCAUCCGAAUUUUCUAG